GUAUGUUCCGCUCCUCAUUACACGUAACAAGUACCUUCGCUACGUUUUCCGGGUUUGAGCUUAACCUGCUUCUGGCGGCGCAUCUUAGCCUUCUUCACCCCCUUCUUUCCCUCCAUUCCUUUCCUCCCUUUUCAGGUCUCUCAGAUUCUCCCUCUCGUCCAGUCGUCCUUCGUCGAAACCGAUAAUUCUGUUUCUCCCUGUGAACUAGACGAACGCUUAAACUUCACUAUUCGAUCGGUGAUUAACCAGAAUGUAUGGCUUUCUCUUCCUACACUCGCCUCCGUUUUCCAGCCACUUCUUCUCAACGUCACUCUCAGUUGUGCUCUCUUUGGCUCAAUUGGAAGCAUAGCCCAACAGAUCUGGUGUCGAUCAGAAAUCAAAAAGGCUAUUUAUUUAAGCCUAUUAAAUCAGUCUUAAAUGAUAAAAAGUCAGGCAUCAAUGAUUAUGAAGCAGCUGAAUCUGCAAGGAUCCUUCUCGAAAGGUUGUUCGAGCAGACGCAGAAGCUGGAAGAACAGAUGACAGGUGAAUUUCAUCUUGAUCAGGAUGGUCAGCUUGGGCUUAACCUUCAGGUCCUGGAGUCAGAUCUUCAGGCUGCGCUUACAGCUUUGAAGAAAAAGGAAGAACAUCUGCAGGAGGCAGAGAGGGCUGUUUUGUUAGAAAACAGUAAAUUAAACCGUACAAAGGAGGAAUUGGAGCUACGGGAGAGAGCAAUUGCAGCUGCGCAUUCAAAGCACGAAAAACUGGAAGAAGAGCUGAAGGAGGCUAAUCUUAACUUUGCUUCUCAAGCCAGCCAGAUAGAGGAUCUAAAGCUCCAGGUUAGAGGGAGAGAUCAAAAGAUUUCUGCUGUCCAGACUGCACUUUCUCUGAAAGAAGAAGAAAUGAAGAGAAUGAAGAAGGAUUUGGAAAAGAAGAUUCAAGAAGCUUCUUAUAUUGAUUCUGAACUUAAAUUGAAGGCUCAGCUUCUAAACGAAGCAAAUGAUGUUAUGAGGAAGCAAGAAAUUGAACUUCAUGAACUCCAGAAAACCAUCCAAGAGAAGGAAGUUCAACUACAGGAUUCUCGUGAUCAAAAGAAACUUGACGAAGAAAAGCUAAAGGCUGCAGAGGCCUCCUUGGAAAAGCAGGCAAGGGAGUGGCUGUUAGCACAGGAAGAACUUAAGAAACUUGGUGAGGAAGCUGCAAUACGUGUACAGGAGAGUAAUGGAACAGUGGAAGAUUUCAAAAGGGUGAAGCUUCUUCUUGAUGCGGUAAGGUCUGAAUUAGUUUCUUCUCAGGAAUCACUGGCAUCUUCUAGAAAGAAAAUGGAAGAACAAGAGCAACUGUUGGCACAGCAGCUGGCUGAACAUGCGGAUCAAAGGGAAAGUCUCAUUUCAUACAUGGAAAGUUUAAAACUGGCGCAAAUAGAAGUGGAUAGUGAGAGAGUGAAACUAAGGGUUGCAGAGGCAGAGAAAAAAGAAAUUGAACAGGAUUUAGCCAUGGAAAAAGAGUUUGUGAAGGAGUUACAGGAAGAACUGAAGAGAGAGAGAGCUUCCCUGAAGCAGGCAGUUCAAGAUAAGUCUUUGCUUCAAGAGAGAUUGGAUCAAAAAGGUAUUGAAUUCGAAGAAACAACUGCCCUUCUUCAUGUAAAAGAGUCAGAGCUCGUGGAUGCUAAGCUAGAAAUCCAACAUUUGAAAUCGGAAAAGGCUUCACUUCAGGUUACCUUGAAGGAGAAAGACUUGGAACUUUCUAAUGCAAGGAAGAUGUUGGAAGACGUAAACCAGGAAAUUGCUGAUCUAAAGAUGCUUCUGGACAGUAAAGAAAUCCAGCUUAUUCAAGCAACCAAUAUGCUAAGGGAGAAAGAUGAGAGCGUGCUACUUAUGCAGAAUGAGUUAAAUGAUACCAAGUUGAAGGCGUCUGAGGCUGAAACUGUGGUAGAGCGAAUUCUUGAACUAACAAAGACGCUGGUUGGUUCAAUCAAGUUUGAAGAUAUUAACUCUUUGAGAUUGCCGGACGAAAUGGGCAAGGAACCACUGCAGCUAUUGUUAGAGACACCUACUCAUGAAUUCAGGUGGCGGCAAAAACAACUUGAGGAAGAGCUUGAAUUGACAAAAGAGAGCUUGAAAACAAAGGAAAUGGAAGUUCUUGCUGCACAGAGAGCUCUAACAGUAAAAGACGAGGAACUCAAGAUGACUCUUGCAAGAUUGGACGCAAAAGAGCAACAGUUAAAGGAAGUGAGGGAGGAACUGAAUGAGGAUGCUAAUGACCUGCAACGGCUUUAUGCUUUGGCUCAGGAGAGAAUUGGCGACAAAAGCAUUGGAUACUUGGCUAUGGAGAAGCUUCAACUUGAGGCAGCACAGCUUGAAGUAGAAGCUGCCACCAAUGCUCUUUAUAAACUCGCAGAAAUGAGUAGGCAACUCUUGAAUAAGGCUGGCCUAGGUGCUGAGGCCGAUAAUCACAUAUCUGUGUUACCAAAUAAAUUUGUGAUCGAUGACAUUGAAGUGUUUAGUGAGGUGAAAGCGGGAAUUGCUCAGCUCUCAGCCUUGACCGAGGAGCUUGUGAGGGAGGCUGGUAUUGUUCCUGUAAACCAGCAUCCAUAGUGAAUGGACUUGGUGUUUAAAUUUAAGUCCACUCACUUCGAACGUAUGGAGCGAUAUACAGAGAUGUUUGGAGUGAUGCACACCAUGCCUCUUGAUUUAGUCCAGGUCCUGUUGCUUGAUUUUGCUACCUGUUGUGUAUAUUGUCUAGAAUAAUGUGGAUUACUCGUGUCCAAUUAGAGUCGGUUUCCUUUAUAAGA